AUGCGAGUAGGGAUGGGUCAAUGGAACUGGAUCGGGAACGGGAACUUAAUCUCUCUGUGGAACGGAACGGAACUGUUCCAACGACUGAGAAUUAUCGAUACCGCCGGUUCGAUAAGGAACGGAGGAACAGUUGGCAAAUCGUUCCAGACCUGUUCCAAUUCUGUUCCAACUGGAUCGAUAAGGAGUGGGGAGGACGGUUAA